CCCGGCGCCCGGUGGCCCCACCGGCACAACCGGGCGCCCGGGGGCUGGCCAGGCUGCGAGCCGAGGGCCAGCGGGCGGGAGGCGGCGGAGCGGAGCGGAGGCUGCGAGCCCCGUGCGCCCCGGCCCGCCGGGCCCGCCGCGCGCUCCCUCCCCUCGUCUCGCCUCGCCUCGCCUCGCCUCCUCCUCUUGCUCUUCUCGCCUCCUCUCCUCCGCCCGGCGCCGCUCCCGCCCGCGCCCGGCCGCCAGACCCAGCCCGGCCGGGCCCCCUGCCCCGCUGUCCCUCGGCCCGGCCCGGCGGGGACCUGGUCCCCGCGGCCAACACCGCCCCUCCCCCCGGGGCCCGGCGAUUCUGGACCUUUCCGACCGUGGACUGAGCCGCGGGAGCGUUGUCGCCCCCGGAGGACCCCGGGGCUAGACUGAGCGGACCCUCGCGGCCGCUCCGGACGUCGCAGGUGCCGGAGCGCGGUCAUUCGGGGUCCGGGCUGAGCGCGCCCCGGGCGCCCACGGGUGCCAGCUCACUCCGGGCAGGGCAGGGCAGACCCCGGCGGAGCCCAGAGCCGGCCGAUCUGGACUGGACAGAGCGAAUUCAGGACGGUGCCGAGCCCCGGGAAUGCCGGGCGUGGGCUGAAGGGAUCCCGGCGCCCUCCGAUCCCUCAGACUUUGGCUUGCGUGCUGAGACCGGACCGGCGUCGCCUCGGUCGCCCUGUGCCCGGUUCACCUGUGGCCUCAGAGCCCCGGACCCACCGGACCCUUGCUCAUUCCCCACCAGAGCCUGGCGGGGGUUGGGAGAGAUUUUUCCUGGCCUCUUCCUUGGAGCGUGGAGGCCCCGCCCCCUCCCACCGUCCAGAUGUCUCCAGUGGCGGCUCUGAGGACCUCUUUGAGGCCAAGGACCGAAGGGUCCAGAGAGAGAAGCCCGCCCUAGGGAGCCUUGGGGGCCCCCCAACCUUGCCUUGGGACUUGGCCCCCGACGCUGCGCGGAAGGAAGGCCGGUGCCCCCACUCCCCCACUUGGGGGCUGCCCUCCUCCAAUCCAGCUCCCUUCCCAGAGCCACCCACAUCUGGAGCCCCCUUCACAUCUGGAAGACCCCAGCCACCAUCCCUCUGGAGGUGUCAGUUGCAUCUCGAGACCUCUGCUUUUGCAAUUUCCUAGGAGUUGUGAGGGGAUUACUGCUGCCUUCCGCCCAUCCCAAGGGCAUCUCUUACCCUUAGUCCCUGCAGAGUCAUCCCCCUGCCUCUGUGUCCAGCUCAGCAUACCCACAGGCACUUCAAGUCCUAGAGGCCACUCCUGAGACCCAAGGCCCCUCCCCCUGCUCUCCUGUGUCCUCACCUUGACCCCCCUUGGUCAGACUCUGUCUCCCUCUGGGUGUCCCAUUCCCCACCCAGAGGUAGAGGAGGCGGGGUGGCAGGGGGCUGGGUGAGGGCCACCCAGGGCCAGGGUGGGCUAGGGGGCCGUUAAGAUGUGGAGCUCUGCCCAGCUGAGGGGGGCUCCGUGGAGGCAGACGCAGCGUGUGCCCGGCUGGGGGGAGUAUGGGCAGGCCUGCGGCCACGUGGUAAAGGAUGAACAUUCGGGGCACCCCGGACCUCGGGCAGCCCAGUGACGACCCCAGCAGUGGUGGCGAGCGAGAGCGGAUUCGACAGCGCAUGAAGAUGGUCAUUGGGCAGCUGGAGGACAUACUGCGGGAGCUCAAGGAGGUGGCCAAGGAGCUAAGGGAGGUGGUGAGCCAGAUCGAUAAGCUAACCUCGGACUUCGACUUCGAACUGGAGCCAGAUGAUUGGACCACGGCCACCGUGAGCAGCACCUCCAGCAGCGACAAGGUGGGCGUGGGCGGCCCCUUUGACCUGGGCCACCUGGACUUUAUGACAGCCGACAUCCUCUCAGAUAGCUGGGAGUUCUGCUCCUUCCUGGACAUCUCCACCCCCUCAGACUCCGUGGACGGCCCCGAGUCGACCCGGCCGGGGGCUGGCCCUGACUACCGGCUCAUGAAUGGCGGCAUGCCCAUCCCCAACGGGCCCCGGGUGGAGACCCCGGACUCCUCCAGUGAGGAGGCCUUCAGCGCUGGCUCUGUGAAGGGCCAGCAGCCCCAGCGGACCCCGGGCACACGGGAGAGGGUGCGAUUCAGCGACAAAGUGCUCUACCACGCUCUAUGCUGUGACGACGAGGAGGGGGACGGCGAGGAGGAGGUGGGCCUGUCCCCGGAGCCUCCCCACACAGAGGCCCAUGCGGGUCCCCUCAAGCCCUCCCCAGCUCCCUCCAAGCCGAGGCGCUCUCCACUGACUGGCCGCCGCCCAGACCCCACCUUGGUCCCCGAGCAGACCCGAAGGGUCACAAGAAACAGCAGCACCCAAACGGUGUCAGACAAGAGCACUCAGACGGUGCUGCCCUACAUGGCCACCAAACAGAAAGCCAAGGGGAAAAACUAGGGGCUGGGGAGGGAGCUGGGGGUGGGGGGCACA